AUGGCAACAAAAGCGGGCUCGAGAGGGCGUCAGUCGCGUCGUGCUGCACGGGGCCCCACCCCUAGUCACCAAUCCAACAGCUGGGAGGACCCAAUUUACUUCCAGUCGCCAGCAGCCUUUGGCGCCUGGCUAUCCGCAAAUCACGACUCGAAGAGCGAGGUGUUCGUUGGUUACUUCAAGAAGCACACGGGACUCCAGGUUGUGACCUGGUCCGAUGCUGUGGACGAGGCACUGUGCUGGGGGUGGAUUGACGGGCAGCGGCGGAGAGUGGAUGACAGCCGCCUUGUUCAGCGAUUCACGCCCCGAGCAAGGAAGAGCCAUUGGAGCCGGGUCAAUGUCGACAAGGUUGCGCUUCUAGAGGCUGCAGGCCGUAUGCAAGAGCCCGGCAGGGCGGCGUUCGCCAGGCGCACAGAGGAGAAUACGGCGCAAAUGAGUUUCGAACGGGAACUGGCCCUAAGCAACGAGUUUGCGGAGCGCCUGACAUCCAACAAGACUGCGGCCGCUUAUCUCAAGAGCCGCACACCAGGCUACAAGCGACAAGUUUUCCACUGGGUUAUGUCGGCCAAACGCCUCGAGACCCAAGAGCGACGUCUGGAGGAAUUGAUCAGUAGUUCUGAAAACCAAGAAUUGGUGCAAAAGUUCAAGCGACAAAGGUCAUGA